ACGGAAAAUACCCCGUUGGACUAUCACUUGAUUUCUCUCUCCACCACAACCAUUCUGAAGGACGGGAAAAGUUCCCUGCAAUUCCUUCACAACGAUCCCGCGCUACGACACAGACAUGAUCCCAUCACCGCGGCGGACAGCUCGCCAACUCCGACCGGCUUUCGCCUCGGCCGCCGCAGAGGCUGGCCCAUCAUGUGUUUCAAAGCAGCAUACCGAGGUCGAAUGGGCCGCCGUCUACCCUCACAUUGAGAGGUUGUACCUGCGUGAGGGGCGGAAGCUCCGUCACGUCCGGGCCGUCAUGGAGGAGAAAUACCAAUUCAAAGCCAGCCCCCAGAUGUACAAGAAACGCUUCGCGAAAUGGGGAUUCCGUAAGAACGCCAAUCACUCGCGGCCGGGCAAACCUGCAACGGAGCUCACCAGCCCGCCCGGGACACCGGCUAUUACCACCGUCGACGCCUGCACAAUGACCCUUCUCGCCGGCAUCAACCUGUGGACGUCGACAUUCUUCCAGUCAGCCGACUUCAAGCAGUGUCUCGCGUCCGACGGCGUCUGGAGACAGGGGCCAAUCUAUCCCCCACCUAAUAGCGGAAGGCCUGCCAUUCAGUACGAACCCGAGAGAGCCAGUUACGCCCUCCGGCUCGUGGCCAGGCUUCUGCGGGAUGGCCAAGGCGUUCUCGCUGGUCGAUUGGCCCGGAAGGCCUUCGUACAGGUUGAGGAUAUGAUGCUCAUCGAAGGCCCUUCCUUCAUCUGGAAUCUGCUGGAUAUCAUGCACGCCAUCCUUGUCAUGGGGCAAGGCAAGCUUUUCCACAUGCUGCUGGUCCACCUUGUUGGCCUUGCAAGCACGCACCAUGCAUGCAAGAAUCAUCCGGCGGCUUUGAUUCUAGGCUCUUUGAUGCAACUCGCGCGGCAUUGGAGCGCCGAGACGGGAGCGGCGUCUCUGGUCGCAUUGCGAGAGAUUGUACAACGCGGAUGGCUCCUCAACGCCGGCAUCGUUCUCGAUAACUUCGACGCGCGGCUCCUGCUUCUCUACUAUCGUCUGAUGUGGGACCCGACACCGUGUGCGUUGCCAGAGGGAAAGCUACGCGCCGUCGAUCAGUGGUUUCCUCUUCUUGCCGACAAGGUACCCGUUGUAGCCGCAGCUUUGCAAGACGCCAACCCUUGCAUGGAUUCCUCCGUUGAGCCUGCUGGUCAGGCAGAGAGUGACACAUACAAUGAACCGCCCGAGUACGACCGCAUCCGCGAUAGCACCGCUGCUGCUCUCCGUGCCAGAUACAUGGCAGACGGGCUCAACCCAAAUAUGAAGGUUCGCAUUAUCCAGGGGCUCGUUAAGAGCAGGAUUGCCGAGGGAAUAGACGGCAUGACAAUCGGCAAGACCAAGGUGAGGGCAAGCAGUCAUGCUUUGCGCCUUUUUGCCAAAGUCUUAGCAUUCUCAACAAAAGUUCUUGUGGAGGUCGACGUAGAGAUGGGAGGGGACAUCGACAUCGCCAUCGAGCGAUUGCGUGGAGUGGUUGCCCUGCGGGAGUACGGACAGGAUGCUCGUAAUCCGAUCGUGAUACAUGACUUGACCUUAUUGGAGGCCCUACUUCUCAAGAAGGGAUCCGAGCAAGAGGCCAAUGACUUGCGACAGGAGGCACUCAGAAGACUGGAGAGCUACGUCGAGGACAUUCCAGUUGAUUCCCACUAAGAGAAUCACGGCUUCGGGCGUCAGGGGGACCCCGACAGCGGAGGCCGGAUAUCUUGGCUGGUAUUGUAACCGGGCCACUCUCCCUCGGUGCCCUCCAACGGGCUAGCACCAAAUAAACAUGUGUGCUCGCUCAAUUAUAGAUAGAUUUUAAUAGACAACUUCUCCUUCUCCAACGUAUCACC